AUGAACUUGAAGGAAGAAUUGUAUUGCAAAGAUGCUCUCAGUUUGACAGACGUACCCGAUGAGCUAUGGCAACACAACUAUCACGUGAAAGUGGCGUGGCUGAGAGGAAAUUAUCUGUCGUCACUUCCGCCCGAAAUGGUGAGGCUGGAGAGCAUUUUCGAGUUAAACCUCCAAAAUAACCAGUUUUCUCGAUUUCCAAAAAUACUUUGCGAGUUAAGGUCACUGACAAUUUUGUGUUUUGGUAAAAAUCGCCUAUCCAAAUUGCCAGAUGAAAUAAGACAAUUAGAAAAAUUGGACGAAUUGGACAUUCAUAGCAACAGGUUCGUCAAGUUUCCAACUGUCGUCUGCAAGAUGACAGGACUACGCCAUCUUGAUAUGAGAGAUAAUAACAUAGACAUACUUCCAAGAGACGUUGAAGAUAUGCAGGAACUGAGAGAACUCUUUCUUGACCAAAACAAGAAAAUUGACACUCUGCCAGACAGUUUGAACAACAAUGUUAAUCUCAAGGAAGUCGGCAUGUCAUACACGAGUUUACAACGCCUGCCUAAUCUUAGACAAUCCAUCAAAGUUGAAUACAAGAAUACACCACUCAGGAAUAAAGAGAACGCCGAGACAGGCCUAGGAAAAGUACUCGACGGUUGCCAUGACUACAAUAAUAUUAAGUUAACGAUGAACGACACUGAAGACCGCCUCGUUCCAGGACUACUUUUCCGAGAUAUAAGGGACGACGAUAUCAACAGCAAUUGUCUGAAUCAUCGGAAACCAAGCGUGAAAACCAAAACAUACAACCGAGAAAGAGGCCAUAUUACAAUAAAGCGCAGCCAAGGGAUUCCACUGAAGAAUGUAAUAAUGCAUUGGUUUGUUCUCUAUGGAAUGACGUCAUUUGUCACGUGUGUGUUGAUAUACAUUAUCUUUGGAUCCGGGUACCAACAAUCACAACAAACACCGGUGCCACAACAACAACAACAACAACAACAACAACAACAACAACAACAACAACAAAAGCAAGUGCUACAAGACGAGUUGAACAAGUAUCCUGACAGCCAUAAACUCACACCAGAUUUCCGCAAGCCACAAUCAACUCCUUUAGAUUCUGGAUGCAGUAAACCAUACACCAAUAGUAAUGUUUUAAUCAUUGGAGACUAUUGGGGAAUGGGGCAUGCGCAUGGCAGCGGAAUUACCAGUGUGCAUUACCUGAUAUCGAAUCUCGCGAGACAAGCUGGUCACAAUGUUACAUCAAUUGUUUUACAAGCAUCUGAGAAAGAGCAAAGGGACGCACAGAAGAGAAACAUAACUUUGCUACUUCCUAAGUUAAGGACGAGUUUGCAGCACGACAUUCAUAUGACGAUGCUACACCCCAUGACAUACUUUCCAUUGUUGCGUGAUAUCAGUGCCGACGUCAUUGUUGGUCACGUACCUAUGACGUCAGAAUCUGCCAUCUUUGUCAGGGACGAGGUGUUCCCGCAUGCGCAAGUUAUACUUUUCAACCACGUGAUUCCCGAAGACACUGAAAUUUACAAAGAUAAUUGGACGCCGGCACUCAUAGAAGACAAAGAAACAGAAAUCAGACUCCAAGCUGAGCAAGCAGAUAUAGUAUUUUCUGUUGGACCAAGAGUUUUCAAUCAUUUUGAUAAUAAAUUCCUCGCGUCGACGUACAUUGACCACAGGCUAUUCCUUCCGGUGCCCGCGAAAGACUUUUUUGACAUUGAUCCUAUGAGACCUGAACCUAAUCACGUCCGUCGGAUUUUAACAAUUGGACGGGUGAUUGGAGUCAAACAUCUCAAAGGUUAUGACGUAAUUGCCAUGGCUCUCAGUCAAGUCGCGGAGGUAUUUCACAAAAUGAACAAGAUUCCGCCAACGUGGACAAUUCGGGGCAUUCCAUUUGGAGAACACCAACAGACCAAAGAACACAUUUUUGAGCAUGUCAUGUCUGCGUAUUUGAAAGUUAACCUCUACCCAUACGGAUCACAUGACCAAAUAAGGACUGACUUGAGACAGAGCCACCUUGUAAUUGUGGCGUCUCGCAGUGAACCAUUCGGUAUGGCAGGCUUAGAGGCAUUGGCUGCUGGGAUUCCUGUACUGGUCACGAUACAUUCAGGUCUGGCUCAGUUCUUAAAUGAGAAUAUCCCGGAUGAAGCAAGUCAAUUAAUUGUUAACGUCGGACUCAAUAAUGUGUCACUUGAACGUGACGUUGACACGUGGACAAAGUAUAUAUUAGAUGUACUUAUUAACUAUGACGUAGCGUUUGAUAGAGCACGUAAACUGAAGUAUAGAUUGCUGACUUUGAAAUCCAUUUACAAUUCUCACAAGGACUUCCAAGAUUCUUGUAGAGUUAACAUUCACUGA